AGACCAAAGUCAUCACUUGUCUCCUCUUCCCUUCUUCUCAAAACCAAACACCAAGAAGUGACAUCAUGUCUCCUCCUCUCCAAUGGCUCACAAUCACCUUUGCCCUAAUUCUCUUCCAUUCUCUUAUAGUCUCCUCCAGUGUUCUGUCUCACUCAGAUCGAGUCACCCGUUUACCCGGUCAACCCCGGGUCGGAUUCCAGCAAUACUCCGGUUAUGUCACUGUCGACGACAAGAAACAGAGAGCUCUGUUUUACUACUUUGCCGAGGCAGAAGUCAAUCCAUCCUCUAAACCUCUCGUCCUCUGGCUCAAUGGAGGACCAGGAUGUUCAUCUUUGGGUGUUGGAGCAUUCUCAGAGAAUGGACCAUUUAGACCAAAAGGACCAAUCUUGGUCAAGAAUCAGCAUAGCUGGAACCAAGAGGCUAAUAUGUUGUAUCUAGAGACACCUGUUGGAGUUGGAUUCUCUUAUUCAACUCAAAGCUCCCAUUAUGAGGGUGUUAAUGACAAGAUUACUGCAAGAGACAAUCUUGUGUUCUUGCAAAAAUGGUUCCUCAAAUUCCCUCAUUAUCUCAAUCGAAGUCUCUUCAUUACUGGUGAAAGCUAUGCUGGCCAUUAUGUUCCCCAACUAGCUCAGCUUAUGAUUCAGUACAACAAGAAGCAUCAUUUGUUCAAUCUGAGAGGAAUUGCUAUUGGCAAUCCGGUUCUGGAGUUUGCAACGGAUUUCAAUUCGCGGGCUGAGUACUUCUGGUCUCAUGGCUUGAUAUCGGAUUCGACUUACAAAAUGUUCACAUCUUACUGUAAUUACUCGCGCUAUGUGAGUGAGUACUAUAGAGGGUCAAUGUCUAGUAUGUGCUCUAAAGUGAUGAGUCAAGUUAGCACUGAGACAAGUCGAUUUGUCGACAAAUAUGAUGUUACUCUCGAUGUUUGCAUUCCCUCUGUGCUAUCUCAAUCCAAAGUUGUAAGCCCCAACCAAGUGGGAGAAUCUGUGGAUGUUUGUGUCGAAGAUGAGACGGUUAACUAUCUAAACCGACGAGAUGUGCAGGAAGCUCUUCAUGCUCGGCUCAUUGGAGUACGUGAAUGGACAGUUUGUAGCAAUGUACUUGAUUACCAAUUGCUUGAUGUGGAAAUACCAACGAUUAAUAUCGUAGGGAGCCUUGUUAAUGCUGGAGUUCCAGUUCUUGUCUACAGUGGAGAUCAAGAUUCUGUGAUCCCUUUGACCGGAAGUAGAAUCUUAGUUAGCAGAUUGGCCAAACAAUUGGGACUGAGAACAAGUGUGCCUUAUCGAGUCUGGUUUGCAGGACAACAGGUUGGCGGGUGGACUCAAGUCUAUGGGAAUGUCUUGUCAUUUGCAACGGUGCGAGGAGCUUCACACGAGGUCCCAUUCUCACAGCCUGAGAGAUCACUUGUGCUGUUCAAGGCGUUCUUGGACGGUCAUCCUCUUCCUGAAGAAUUCUGAUAUUUUACCAUGAUCUGUUGAGCUUAUGUAAGUAUAAGAUAAUAGAUUUUGGCCAAACGC